UACGACCCGAGUUCCUCCUUCGGUCUUCUGCAGGAAGAGACUCACUGCACGAGCGCUUUGAAAGCUCCUCAUCUGUGCUGCAGCCCAACUUUAAAUAUUAAGCUACUAAUAGUACUAGGAUAAGCUAUAUCAAAAAUACCACACCAUGGCUGGUCUGAAGUACAUGAGUGGUUUUGACAAUGAGUUUGCCUCUGAGGACCCUCGCUGUCCGGGAUCUUUACCUGAGGGACAGAACAAUCCACAAGUGUGUCCAUACGGCCUCUAUGCUGAACAACUAUCUGGAUCUGCUUUUACCUGCCCACGUUCUACCAAUAAGAGAAGCUGGCUGUAUCGGAUUUUGCCUUCUGUACGUCACAAGCCUUUUACUGGAAUGAGCUGCGGAGAUCUAACAGAGAACUGGAAUGAAGUAGAGCCUGACCCAAACCAGCUUCGGUGGAUGCCAUUUAAUAUCCCCAAAACAUCUGAGAAAAAAGUGGAUUUCGUAUCAGGUCUGCACACGGUCUGUGGAGCUGGAGAUACAAAAUCUCGUAAUGGAAUCGCUAUCCACAUCUACACCUGUAACACUUCAAUGACAGACAAGUGCUUCCAAAAUGCAGAUGGUGAUUUCCUUAUUGUUCCACAACAAGGUGAAAUCCUUAUUACUACAGAAUUUGGGAAGAUGAUGGUGGAGCCCAAAGAGAUUUGUGUCAUUCAGCAAGGAAUACGUUUUAGCAUUGAUGUCUUUGGAGAAACCCGUGGAUACAUUUUGGAGGUGUUUGGGGCCCAUUUUGAACUCCCAGACUUGGGUCCUAUUGGGGCUAAUGGGCUUGCUAACCCCAGGGACUUCCAAACCCCUGUGGCUUGGUACGAGGACCGCACUGUGGCUACUGGUUACACCAUUGUCAACAAGUACCAGGGGAAGUUUUUCUCUUGUCAACAGGAUUUUUCACCAUUUAAUGUAGUGGCAUGGCAUGGAAACUACGCACCGUACAAAUACAACCUGGAGAACUUCAUGGUCAUCAACUGCGUAGCAUUUGAUCAUGCAGAUCCAUCAAUAUUCACUGUAUUGACAGCAAAGUCCACACGCCCAGGUGUUGCCAUUGCAGAUUUUGUAAUCUUUCCACCUCGUUGGGGUGUGGCUGACCAUACCUUUCGGCCUCCUUAUUACCACAGGAACUGCAUGAGUGAGUUCAUGGGAUUGAUCAAAGGUCACUAUGAAGCAAAGGAAGAAGGUUUCCAGCCUGGAGGAGGAAGUCUGCACAGCAUAAUGACUCCUCAUGGCCCUGAUGUUGACUGUUUUGAGAAAAACAGCACAGCUGUUCUGAAACCAGAGAGAGUUGCAGAGGGCACUAUGGCAUUCAUGUUCGAGUCAUCCUUCAGCAUGGCUGUGACUAAGUGGGGACUUGAAACUUGUCACCGCCUGGACAAGAAUUAUUACAAAUGUUGGGAGAACCUAAAGAGUCACUUUAAUCCGAAAUGGAAACCAAGCAGCAAGUAGAAAAAGAUAAAGUUAACAUGGUGAAACCUCACCUUCAGUAUUUCACAGAUUGAGUAUAUCACUCUUGAUACAGAU